UGUUUUGUUGGAGGAAUCCUUGACCCUCUCCCAGGUCGCAGCAACGCAUUCCACAAUUCUGAGGGGGAAUUUUUUAGGGUUUUGGGAGUCAUGAACAACGUUGGCGAUCUCCACAAGGUUUGGGAAAUCAACGCUCUGAAGAGGAAGCCGUUGCAAGAAGAAGCCACCAAGAUGUUGGAGAAGAUCGCCAAACAGGUCCAGCCCAUUAUGCGCAAGCACAAAUGGAGGGUCAAGGUUCUCUCUGAAUUCUGCCCAAACAAUCCGCGACUUUUGGGGUUGAAUGUUGGAGCUGGUAUACAUGUGAAGUUGCGAUUGCGCAGACCGAACAGGGAUUUGGACUUCUACCCAUUUGAUCAAGUUUUGGAUACGAUGCUUCAUGAGCUUUGCCAUAAUGCCCAUGGUCCUCAUAAUGCCAACUUCUACAAGCUUUGGGAUGAACUUAGAAAGGAAUGUGAAGAGCUGAUGUCCAAUGGAGUAACUGGCUCAGGAGAGGGGUUUGACCUUCCAGGAAGGCGCUUAGGUGGUCAUUCCCGGCAGCCACCCCUUUCAUCACUCCGUAAAACAGCACUUGCAGCUGCAGAAAAGAGAUCGCGAUUGGGAUCACUCCUUCCCUCUGGACCUAACCGUCUUGGGGGUGAUAGUGUUAUAAUGAAGGCACUUACUCCAGUGCAAGCGGCUGCAAUGGCUGCAGAAAGGAGAUUACAGGAUGACAUAUGGUGUGGUUCUCAAACCUGUGAAGCUUCAGAUCAUGAAGAUUUUAACUUUGAACCUGCUGAGAAUAUUGAGCGCAAGGGUAAAAAUGUGGGUAGCUCAAGACUUCGAGACAAUUCUUCUCUACCUUUGGAUCUGAAAUCUCAGAAAAGGAGUCGUGUCGUGGAUUCAAGUUUACUGGAUUGCUCGUCUAGUACCCCUAAAUAUGUUGAUUUGACCAUGGAUGCACCACAGAUUGGAUCUAUCAUUGAACAGUGCACUGUGACUCAAGGAACGGGUGUUGGUGGAUUAGAAAGCAUUUCACAUUCUGAGUCAAAUUCUCGGAUAGGAUCUACUUCUGCAAAUAUUCCAAGCUCCUCCACUCCACUUUCUGGUGAUAAUAAUACAUCUCAUUCUGAAGAACUUGCAAUGUGGGAGUGCUCAAUGUGCACUCUGUUAAAUAAAACAUUAGCUCCAUUAUGUGAGUUGUGUGGCACACAACAGCCGAAAGAUUUUGCCACCAAAUACAGUACUUGGUCUUGUAAAUUCUGUACGCUGGAAAACAGUGUGAAGUUGGACAAAUGCUCAGCUUGUGAUCAGUGGAGAUACUCUCUUGGUGCACCAGUGUCAGCCCGUGCACCUAACGUCGGCACUUGAGUACGGUAGUUUAUAAGUAUAUGAAUGCUUAUAAGUUGUAACACUGGUGUUUGUGCAACUUAAUGGCAAAAUGAUUUCAUUUAUUGCUUUAUGGCAGUGGCUUAAGCAAAUGAAGAUGCCAAUGCUUGAUUUCUUUAACUUGAAGCUAGGUGGAAAAUAGCAGUUCCAUUUUGAUCUUUUUCACUUGAUAGAUACGAUAAUUUCGAUAUAGUAUGUUGGCAUGGAGAUCUGUAUAGCUGAACUGCUGAAUUAGUAAGCAUUGUUGGCACUGCUCUGAGUUUUGCCUGAUUUGCAGAAUUUGGAUGCUGACUUGUGCAAGCAAUUAAGAGCUUUUCACUGAAUUGGGUUUGUGUGAGUAUAUGCCAUGGUUCUCUCUUCU